UAGAGUGAUCCCGCGUGGUGAGACGAUCUUUGAGUGUUUGACAGCUCUGCAGGACCCAACAUGGUCCACUUCUCCUAGGGGAGACGAUCUUUGAGUGUUUGACGGGACCGAGUUCACUUGCAACAUGGUCCACUUCUGCACGCGCCUCCUGGCCCGCCUCACACCUGCUGCUCGCCAAGCCGGUGCUCACUUUUCCACCGCAGCGCCCCAAAACCAGGGACCCUUCUACGAGUUCCGGACCUACAGAAUCCGUCCCGACCGGACCGCCGCCUUCCUGAGGCUGACCAAUGAGAAGAUCCACCUCAGGACCGCCCACUCGCAGCUGAUUGGCUACUGGAGUGUGGAGUACGGCGGCCUGAAUCAGGUCUUCCAUAUUUGGAAGUACGACUCUUUCUCCCAGCGGGCGGCGGUCCGCUCGGCGCUGGCCCGGGACCCGCGCUGGAUGUCCGAGUACAUCUCCCAGGCCAUACCCAUGCUGACCUCGCAGGACAACGAAGUCACCGCCUUGUUGCCGUGGAGCCGCCUGCGCACGCCGCCGCUGGAGGGCGGUGCUUUCGAGCUGGCGUCGUUCAAGAUGCGUCCGGGGGGGCCGCCGCUGUGGGGCGGAAGCCUGCAGCAAGCCAUCGCCUCCCAUGAUGCACCUGGACACGCCCACUUGGUCGCCGCUUUCCACAGCGAGAUUGGCCACCUGGACACAGUUCACGCCCUCUGGUGGUUCGAGAGCGCCGACAAACGACGUCAGGUUCAAGGCGACGCCGUGGCAGAUGUCGCAGUCCACGUCCACACGCGGAACAACAAAGUCAUGUUUGCGUGUUCCUUCUCGCCACUCAAGUGACUUCCUGCCCUCAGACCACGGUGACUUUCAAUUUAAGAGCCUUGCUGUCAAUCAUGGAUUGUGGGCGGGGUUUGGAGACAUACUUCAAAAUAAAGUUGUGGACUAAA